UCAUCGUCAAGCCCCAGACAAAAUAAAAAAGCGAGCACUCCGGCAGAAAGCCUAAACGUGAGACGCUCCAUAGCCAUAGCUUCCGCAAGGCAGAGGCAAUUUGAAGUGAUGAGGCCAACGGCGAUGGACUUCUUCAGCGACAUGGACGAUCAGGGGUCCACCAUGGCCAUGGACGUUGACGACGUCGACCCAAUCGAGGCGUUCAGCGAGGGCAUCAUGAGCGAGAGCAAGCUGGCCGACGCCGAUUUCUUCAACUCUUUCCAGGACGAUUUCGACGACACCGACAUCAACUGAACCAGGGAGCCGGAUCGUCUUCUUCUCCUUCGUGGCCAUGCAAUUAUUGAUCUGAUUUGCUCUAUUUUCUAGGGUUUGGAAUUUGAGGAUUAGGGUUUAGAAUUUGAUUAGGCGAAAAAGGGAUUUCCAGCAUUAAUGGUUGGAUGGUUAUUGUGGAAAAAUUGGAUAUAUACAGAUAUCGAUUUUAGUAUGUGUUUUUGCAAUCUGUGAUUGUUCUGCGAAGGAUUGAUGAGUUUUUGUCUAUUUGAAUCUCUCUGUGAUUUGCUGAUAAAUUAGUCUAAAUCCGAUAUUAAUCGGUUGCUUAUAUCUGUUAAAGCGAAUUCUGUGUUUAGAUUAUGUUAGUUUUCUUCGCAUUAUUUGCGUUGCUUGGAAUUGUGAGGAAAAGGAAAAGAGAAGUAGUUGGAACGUUAUGUUUCCAUGCUAAUUCUUGCCUUGUAUGAAGUAGUCGCGUGGAAUUAUGGUUUUACUC